AACAUCUUCAGGCCAAUCCUAAUAUUUAUCCUUACACCUCUCAAAACAAUCCGACCCGAAUUACGCCGGGGCUCCGUGUCAGGAUGCAUGGAACACCAAGACCCCCGAGAAGCCCAUUGAUCAUCCUCGCCGGACUCGGAACCGCAAUGCCGCCUUCUCCUUAAAACAAGUCCGGCAAGCCACGCAGAAGUUCUGCAAGUCGGAUCUAAACCACCCAACUCCCCAACCCGACAGGUUAUUGAGCUCCGGUAAAUCCCAUGGGGUCUCUUCUUUCUCGGGCUCUUCGAAAGCCAAACCCAAGAAGCCUACUCACCCAGUAAAGCUACCAGAAAAGUACGAAUUGUUAGAUACGUUCUUUAGUAGCUUGGACAGUCUGCUGCAGUUUAAGAGUUCUUCCACAACAUUCACAAACAUUAGUUCCAAAAUUGAGUGGUUAACUGAUAGGAGAUUUUCUUACGCUCAUUUAGCGCAGCUGAAGUUUAUUUUACCUGAGGCAAUUGAGAUUAAAAAAAUCCUUGUGUGCGAUGAACGUACGUAUUGUAUGAAGCCUGAACUUCAUAUUGCAUUAAAUGCUAAUGCAGUUGAAAUUGACGAGAAGCUGAAAUCAAGUAGUAGCUCUGAUCAGCAAAGGAAAGUCUUCCGGACACGGCUUUUGAACUUUUUAAUAUCCCAUCCUCAGGGAGAUGACAUUCCAGAGGAAGCACUACCUGGACCAUUCGGUGAGUCAAGGCACGAAGUAUUGACAAAUUCAUCUGGAUCAGCUGGCUCACAGUUGAUAAGUGAAACACCAAUUGGUUCAGUGCCGGAGCAGCAAGCAUCUGCAUCUCACCUGUCUCAAUCUUUCAAAAGAAGAUUUUCAUGCCAAGUAUCAAUUGGUGAAACGGAGAAUGCCAAGCAACACCCACCAGUCACGGAAUGCCAAAUAGCUAAAAGUUCCAAUAACAAAAGAACCUCAACAGCUUCUGAUAAAUGCCCUUCUAAAAUGCCUACAACGCAAACUAGCACAGUUAAAAACUCAUCGCAAGUGGUUGCUUUCGAUACUUUACUGCUGUCUCCUCUGCCUGCCACUCCAAUGAAGAAUAUAAAGGGCGAUGAUGGAUAUGCUUUAUUAACUGCUGAAGGAACUCAAGAAGGACUUACAUCUACACCAGAAAAACUGAUGACUUCUACCCCUAUGCCUCAAUCCCCCAAGAGAUGUACGAGUCCUAAUAGUGAUUCAACUGAAUCACCAAGCAAGCUAGUUAGGCGACCUCCUUGUAAUAGGUCUUUGAACUUCAAUACUCCUGUGAAGAGUUCAAAGGUUACUGAUAAAGCGUGUGAGGGUGCAGGAUUGCCAAUAAAUAGUGAUAUCAUCGACAUUUUUCUGAAGGAUCUUCUGCAGUCGAUACUACAAAAAGAGAGGAAGAAGCUAGAGGAGCAAGAUCCAGCCUUAUCCCAAGCAAAAUGGCGCAAGCAGAUGAUUUCAAGCUUGCCUAAAUUUUUUGACAUGAUAUAUUUCCUAUUUCAAUCAGGAAGACGCAUGGUGAUUACAAAAGAGAAACUUAUUCAUAAAGUAAUUUCAAGCCAUCUAGAGAUUGCUGAUAGAAGAGAAGUUGAAGAGAAACUCAGCUUAUUGCAAGAACUUGCUCCUGAAUGGAUUUACAAAAAGGUGGCAGCUAGUGGAGAUCUUCUCUUAUGUGUUAACCAGAUAUCAAGUCCUAAAGAACUACGCACAAGACUAGCUGAAGCGAAAUUAGAGAAACAAGAAGAUGGUCGUAUAUAAAACUUUGUUAAAUUAGAUUAACAAUUCAAUAUAUUCUUCUCUAGUGCAGCAUUCAUGGAUGCAGAUUGCAGCAGUACCGUUUAGUACAGUGCAAUUAUUAUUUAACCAAGACCUAAGUCAGCUUGCAAGUUAGGGCUAAUAAGGGCUACUGUUUGAAGAUUUAGAUAUGUUCUCCUUGUAUAUAGUACUGAGCUUCUCUUGGAAUAAGAUUUUGUUAGUCCUUGUA